UGUAGAUUACACAGGCAGACGAGUGAGCAUGAAUUUUAAACAUGGAUCAGUCAUUUGUAAACGUCAAUGGACAGGGGAUAAGACAAUGACGUCGACGGCUAACAGAUACUUGGACAAAAUCAACUGAACUCCGAAACAACAGUUUUAAAGGCGUUCUAACUUCUGUUGUGAAUAUGUUGAUUCAGCUCACAUUCAGGAUGAAGAUUUCAAUCAUGUUUGAUACGCUUCAUUUUUGUAGAUACCAUGCCUAAUGCAUCUACUGUAUUUCUUAUUGGGAAAUAUUAACGACAGCCUAUAAUGUAACUAAAUAUUUGUUUAAAAUGAGUAACAACACUGUGACCGGGAGGAUCAUGAUCCCGACUAUACCGUCCAUCAUGUUUAUUUUCGGUGUGGUGGGAAAUGUCAUUGCCAUCGUGGUACUCUGCAAAUCCAGGAAAGAACAGAAGGAGACCACGUUCUACACGCUGGUAUGCGGUCUGGCGGUUACAGACCUUUUGGGGACACUCCUAGCCAGUCCCGUCACCAUCGCAACCUAUGUGAAAGGCUCGUGGCCAGGCGGGGAACCACUGUGCCAGUAUUUUGGAUUCAUCAUGCUUUUCUUCUCUCUAGCGGGGCUCAGCAUUAUAUGCGCUAUGUCCGUGGAGAGAUACUUGGCGAUAAACCACGCGUAUUUCUACAACGACUAUGUGGAUCAGAGACUGGCGGGCAUGACGCUUCUGGCUAUUUACAUCUCCAACGUGCUUUUCUGCGCUCUACCCAGCAUGGGUCUGGGACAAGUCAAAAAGCAGUACCCACAAACCUGGUGCUUCAUAGAGUGGCGGAGCAACGUGAGGACCGAUGCCGCCUUUUCAUAUAUGUACGCGGGGUUCAGUUCGAUUCUAAUUCUAGCCACAGUUAUCUGUAACGUUCUGGUAUGCGGUGCUCUGAUUCGAAUGCACCGGCGGUUUGUCCGGAAGAUGUCAUUGUGGGCAGACCCCGGACGAAACACAGACCCGAGAAGGAGACGCAGCUUCGGGCAUCUGGCCGGCGCAGAGAUCCAGAUGGUGAUUGUACUCAUUUGUACCUCAGCGGUGGUGCUUAUAUGCUCCAUUCCACUUGUUGUGCAAGUGUUUCUGAACCAGAUUUAUAAGACUCCGGUGGAGCUGAGACUGGAGAAGAACCCAGAUCUACGGGCAAUCCGCUUCGCCUCAUUCAACCCCAUCCUGGACCCCUGGAUCUACAUCCUCCUCCGCAAGGCCGUGCUCCUCAAGCUCAUUGAGCAGAUCAAGUGUCUGUUCUGUAAGAUAGGAGCACAGAGACAGCAGAGACAGGGAGCACAGAACUGCCACUGCAUUGAUGAACACCAGCUCCACUCCAUCAUCUCUUCACAAGAGUUCCCGUCAUUGGUGUCCCGUGAGCUGAAGGAGGUGUCCAGCACCUCUCAGGUCGUCCUCUACCUUCCUGAUGGAAGCUGUCAUCACACAGGAGAGCAGGUUGGGCUCCGCAAUUCCUCUGUCCAAGACCCCCAAAGUUCUUAUUUGUCCGAACAGAGAAGUACAGAGGAUGGGAGGAGAGAGGUGACAAAGCUAACCAGGGACCCCUCUGGUGUGGGAGGACAGACUACUCAGUCAUGUGUGAAAGAACAGGCUCUUCAUGUGUUGCUAAGUAAUGAGACGGUACAGGAGAAAUGUAUAUAGAUCUUGUGUAUUUGGAAUCCCAUGAACGGUUACUUCAACAGCUUCUCUAAGACUCCUCAUAUUAUUGUGAAGUUUCUGUGAGUCAGAGGGAUGUCCACACAUACAUUGACAACACUGCCUUCAGACUGCCCAAGAUGGCUUUUCAGACAGCUUCUGCUCUCCUAUGGGACUUAUUCGGUUAGCGGAAGUGUUAGUGCCAACAGAAAUAGAUUGGCUCCCAGGAUGACUCAUUUGACAUCCUCUAAAGACGAGGAAUGGCACAUUUAAACAAUGUUGAAAAGCUUUUGGUAAGCCUGACAGGAGGAAGGACAAACAAGAGAGAGACAACUGUGAGAGAGAGAGAGGAUGUCUGCUCCACUUUGAUGUCAAGCUACCUCGACCAGAAACAUCAAUGUUUGUUUGUUUUUCCUGUCUUCUCGCACAGGUCAGAGAGCAAGGCAGUAAGAGCAGAGCAGCUUCUCCAUGGCCUAAAGGGACAUUGGCUGUACACUGUAGCUAAACAGUUUAACACUAGCUUCUUUCAAUCAUUGUACAAACUGUGAGUUAGUAUUUAGAGUAUUUAAGCUACAAUGAUUGAGAUGUACAGAAUAGUUAUUAGGAUUCAUUGAAAUGAAUGUAGUAUAGGGCCUGUCAUUACGUGCCAAACUGCCAUGAUAACACCAAGGAAAAGUCAGUUCUCACAAAACAAUAUGUCUGUAGAAGGUUUGCUGUUCAGAGAUGCACUUCACUUGACUGUUUUGCAUCACAUAAUAGAUUUAGAGAGUUAAUGUAUAGUGCAGUAUUGUGUGUAAUAACAUUAUCCAUGUGUUGUCUUUCAGGUGAGUGAAAUGAGUUGUGCCAACAUGCAGGGUAGUUUGCCAAACUCUGUAUAUGUAUUUCUAUUACUCUGGUACCAGUUUCUGAACGUUUAUCAGAUUAUCAGUAAUUCACCUAAGUAUUGUCAUUGUCAUUAUUUAGUGACUUACGCAAUCAGCCUGGUCUCAUAUACUAGUAUACAUAAACCUGGGACGCCAGAUUAGUAUGACAUGUUAUGUUUGGUAUGAUUACAUAAGACAGAAGGUUACUUAAGGAAAAAUGAAAGGAGGGCGGUUAGUCUGCGUAUAAAGCAAACGUCUAGCGCGAACGUCUAGCAACCCAAAGGUUGCGCGUGCGAAUCUCAUCACGGACAACUUUAGCAUUUUAGUUAAUUAGCAACUUUGCACCUACUUAGUAUGUUAGCUAACCUUUCCCCUAACCCUAAUUUUAACCUAACUCAUAAGCUUAACCCCUAGCCGAGCUAACAUUAGCCAGCUAGUUAACAUUAGCCAGCUACCUGAGAUCAGGUUGAUGUAAUUUCUUCUCUAUGAGAAGUUUCAAGUAAUUCAAUCCCACCAUGAAAUGUUACAAUAGCAUAAUAUGAAAGGUCCUUAUCAAUUUUUAAAUAUUAUGUUCUGCCAUAUCUGUAAACCCCCUAAAAUGACAGAUGUUUUUCAUUUUAAAUCCAAUAUGCUUUUAUUUUAUCCACCCUAUAAAAUAUUAAUUUAAGCAAUACAUUCUAAAAAUGAAUUCAAUUGAUUAACAGUAAUUGAGACCCAUCUAUUGUCUUCAAGGAUUUGUGCAUGACUCCAUUUCCUUUGGACCACCUAUGAGACUGAACGUGUGGAUGUGCAAAACAUCACGCACAAUAGUCAGUGUCAUGCAGUGUGUAUGUGUGUCAUUAAACUACAUGUCAUCUAAGAACAAGCGGAAAUCAUUUAUGUAAGCAGGAAGGUUCUCAGACUCAGAUUCCUGACAGAGUUUAGAGGUCAUAUUGUGACCCUGUUAGCACACAGAUGCUACUGAAAGGUACAGGCCACUGCUUUCCAAGUUUACACAAGUAUAAUUGGCUAAACAAACCCUAAUGAACUUGGGUCCAAGGCUGUUAACGAUGAAUUCAAGUUCAAACACGCAAAAAGAAUCCCAGAACUACUACUUAGUAACUGCACACACACACACACACACACACACACACACACACACACACACACACACACACACACA